UCCUUUUAGUCGAUCGGAGAUCGCAGAUCAGUGAUCAGUAGCCCAGUAAUCGAGAGUAAACCCAGUCAUCUCAGUGGUCAGUGCAGAAAAUGAGUCAAGAUCGGAAUAGCCAGCGAGAGCGACGUCUUCUGCGGACACCCAAGUGCGCGAGAUGUCGCAACCACGGCGUGAUAUCCUGCGUCAAGGGACACAAGCGCCUGUGCCGGUGGCGGGAGUGCUGCUGCCCCAACUGUCAGCUGGUGGUGGACCGGCAGCGCGUGAUGGCCGCCCAGGUGGCUCUGCGUCGCCAGCAAACCAUGGAGGCACUGGAGGCCACCACUGGCGGCGGGCACCAGGCGACGGGCACAGCCUCUGGCAGCGAGGGCGAGGACUCUAGCUCACACACCACUGCCUCUCCGCCGCCUCAAGGACCUCCCAGCUGUGCCUCCACAUCCUCCGCCACCCGACAGGCUCUCAUGGCCCAGAAAAGGAUCUACAAGCAGCGACUUCGGAGCCUCCAGCAAUCCACACUUCACAUCACAGCUGCCAUGGAAGAGUACAAGCAGCGCUUUCCCACGUUCAGCUCUCCCCUGAUGGAGCGCAUGCGCAAACGUCGCGCCUUCGCCGAUCCGGAACUGAACUACGCCAUGGAGGCGACUCUGGGCGGCAACGCUUUGUUCGUGGCCGCCGCUGCUGCCGCUUCUGCCUCGGUUGCCGCUUCAGUGAUGCACCAGGAUCAGCCCAUGUAUCCGCCAUCAAUGCCGCCGCUCCAGCCGCCCGUGAACAGUUUCACGGCCCCGCCCACCAGCAUCAUCUCCUCCAGCUCCAGUCCUAUGCCCUCGUUGCCCGCCAAGAAACCCAAGCUGAGCUUCUCCAUUGAGGCCAUCAUGAGCAUCAAGACGUAGCCUGAGAAUAAGUCCUGUAAUUCAAGGAUAUCUAAACAUAAAUCACUCUGUACAUAGUCCUAGUUUAUAAGGAACCU